GUUCCUUCCCCUUUCUCACUUUGGUGCUGGCAGCGCCCAUCUGCGUUUACUCCAAGUCACUGGCAGCACUGCACUUGCAAUUUUGAACUCAAUACCCAUUAAUUUGGAAGUGUUGUCAACCGGCACUGUUUAGUGGGUGAGCACAGAGCCUACGUAGUCUGUUUUAUCCCACAUCCAAAACCUGGCCUGUUCCUUCGGUCUUAUCUGUUCUACAUCUGAUCUGCACACCGACCGCCGGUGAAACAAACCACUACGCAAAGCACGAAAAGCACCUCGCUCCUCAAAAUCUCUCGCCUUAGCUCCCACACCUCUUUCAUAGCGCCCCAAGACAUACAUUGCAAUGUCUAACCUCUUUUCCGGCAUCAAUGCCCGGCUGAGGGGAACCUCGAGCAAGCAGGCCAGCUCGAAGAGCCCCGUGUCACCCGUAGUUGAAGAUGCCCGCCUCCCCUCACCCGGAGGCCUUUCCAAGAGGAGCAAGUCGUCAAGCAACUUGUCAGCAAGCAACCUGUCAUCCUCUAAGCUUCCACCACUUCCUGCAUCGCCAGCGCUCUCUCAAGCUAUCGGCAUGGCGUCCACGGGUGACGAGGUGUUGAGUUCUUAUCGCCUUCCUCAGCCGCUGCCCAUGUGGCUCAACCCCGCCUACGCGAAGCAUAUCGUCAAGGGCAACUUCAUGACGCUCAGCAGCAGACCCAAGACGGUCGAGCAGGGCGAAUGGAUUGCGCACCACGUGGUUGAGCAUUAUCGCAAUCUAUGGAACUUCGUCCAUGUCGUGUACGCCAAAGAGGCCAACGGGAAGAACCUCUGCAACGCCACCACAUGCCCCCGCAUGUCUGCUGGGCCGAACCACUCAUACACAUGGCUCAACAAAUCUGGCGAUCGUUACGAGCGUGUCGAGUUACCAGCAAUUGAGUACAUCGCGCUGAUGCAACGAUGGAUUUCGAGCAAAGUCGACGACACCAACAUCUUCCCGACCGACGCCGCCGGGGUCUCGUUCUCCCACAGUCCCAACAUCGCCAAUACCGCUCUCCUCAGCAGCCCGGACGAGUGGGUCGGCAAGCGUAGCGGGUUUCCCAAGGACUUCGCCAGCAUCUGCAAGACCAUCUUCCUCCAGAUGUUCCGCGUCUAUGCCCAUCUCUACUGGGCGCACUUUGUGGAGCCCUUCUACCACCUCAACCUAGAGAAACAACUCAACAGCUGCUUCAGCCAUUUUGUGCUGACCGCCACGGCGCUGGACAUGCUCAAGCCGCAGGAGCUGGAGCCGAUGCAGCCCCUGAUUGAUCUAUGGGCUGCCAAUGGCACGUUCCCGCCCGAGUCGAAAGCCUACGAGUAUGCCAACCUGAAGGUGGGCACACGGUUGUUGCAGAUGGCGGGCAUGGCUUGAAAAGGGUAAAAAUACAUUGUCUUCCUAAGGUAGCCAGCAUUGAUAUUCGGUAUGCAUCACCUGGCGUUUGGGUAUAGGUUGGAGGGAGUUCUGCUCCCAGGAUUUCAUGAGUUUGGUCUUUGGUAGAUUUCGGGCAAACAUCAGGCGCAGACGAUCUAGCGGCUAUUGUUAUUCGUAAAACAUUGCGCUUUGAGACACUGGCAGGGCAAACACAUGUCGAGGUCGGUGGCUUAACCCCCUGGUACGUCUCCCGGGUCGGUGUAAGAGAGCCCAGUCGAUUAGAAGGCCCUAAAUACACACAUAAGUUCAGCGGCAAAA